GACAUACAUCUUGCACCCCGAUGAUUGCUGGUGGUGCAUGCUGAGUUGAAUGUCGACAACGUAUCACCAGAUCCCCUCGCUUGCCUACCAGAGGGAUAUAUCACCGCAACCGAUCACUGCACUAUCGUUUGACCCCGUCUCGGAUAUCCUCUGGUCUGGCACGAACUCUGGGCAUGUCUGUGCAAAUUACACACCUCGCGGGCUGAGAGGGGUCCAUUAUCCCGUAGGAGGUCACCUCGCAGUGAAGAAGAUUCUUGCGACCGAUUCGAACAUCAUCGCGUCGGGUCUUGCAAGCGAAGGUAUCGGAGCGUGGGGCAAGGGAGGGAUCAAUAGUUGGUACUUCAAGGCCGGUGGUCAUAUAACCACAUUCUCUAACAAAGCGUCGAACGCGUCCACGAUCGCGGUUUCCACCGCUUCCUCGGAGUUGAUCCUAUUGAACACUCAGACGGGUUCGGUGUUGCGAAGGUCCCCGUCCUCAUCCAUCCUUACUCACCUGCACUUCACCGCGUCCCAAACGUACUUUGUUUCUGGGGAUGCAGAUGGUUGGAUCCGACUGCAUGAUCCCCGAGAUGCAACUAUUCGCUCUUAUGGUUCCAGCCCUGUCAAAGCCCACCUCAGCGGAAUCCAGGGCAUUGAGACAACCUCUACUCUCUUAUAUACCAUCGGUUUAGGUCUUCGGCAGGGGAGGCCUUAUCCCGACCAUCUGGUGAAAGUCUAUGACUUGAGAAACCUCAAGGCGCUCCCACCCAUCCCUUUCUCCAGCGGCCCCUCAUUCAUCACGCGGUUGCCAAACCGCCCCUCAACGCUCGCCAUAACCUCUAGCCAGGGUCUUGUCCAGAUCGUGGAUACAAGCAACCCUACCGCGAACGAGUUCUAUCAGUUAGACACGCCAUCAUAUAUCACAUCCGUUGCGGUUUCCCCCACAGCUGUGUACAUGGCGUUCGGGGACUCGGACGGAGCUAUACACUUGUUAUCCGCUGCGGAGGAGGAAGCGAUGGUUCCAUUCAAUGGCUUCGACGGCAAGGCUAUUGAUUGGCCCGACAGUCCCGAGCCUCUUCCAGAGAUCCAGUGGACUGACAGAACUCCGCUGAACACGAUUGGGUUACCGUACUACGACAACCUCCUUCUCUCGUCCUGGACGAAUGACUUCGUGCCUACGAACAUGUACUUCCCGCCAGCGCCGAAGAUCCCAGCACAGAUCCUGAGUUCUAUCAAGGUCAACGACUCAAUAGCAUACGCCUCUUUGCCCAAAGAAUUGAGGGGUAGGCGGAACGUCGUCGCAACUGCGCCUCGGAAGACCGGUGGCAGGUUCAGGAGUGGCAAGGCACGCUACAACGACUCCGAACCUGUCACUCCCACGUACGAGUAUAAUCCGGACAUCAUCCCAAAGGCGUAUCGGAAAGUCGAGAUCGAGUACUCUAAGUUUGGUGUCGAAGACUUCGACUUCGGCUUCUACAACCGAACGCCGUUCAGCGGACUGGAGACACACAUCCUGAACUCGUACACGAACCCCUUGGUGCAAGUAAUGCAUUAUACACUGCCCAUUCGGCGAUUGGCCAAGUCGCACAUUACGACGGAUUGCCCUCGCGAGCAUUGUCUACUCUGCGAGCUAGGUUUUGUCACGCGAAUGCUUGAAGACGCGCGCGGUACGAACUGCCAGUCGAGCAAUUUCUGCAAGACUGUUGGCGUUUUGGCUCAAAUGAACAAUGCGAUCGAGCUCAUCGACUACGGCAAGGAGAGCGCAGAGCUGAGCUACGCUCACAUGAUACAACUGUUCCACCGCUUCCUCAUUGACCACCUCAGCUCGGAAGGCAACUCGUUCCCGCACAACCCCAGCCUCCUCCCCAACUCUGGGCCCGCCGACCUCCUUUCACCCGCCCCUGCCCCUAUCACGCAACUCCUCGGGAUCGACGCUAAGAACAUCAUCGUCUGCACCUCUUGCCACGCCGUACGGGAAAAGGAAAACAUGACACACCUGAUUGACAUGACAUAUCCCGUGCGGAAGCCCCCCAACAACGACCCCGCGCAGGAAACAGACUUUGCGUCGAUCGUUCGGAACUCGUUGCUGAGGCAGACGAUGCACAAGGCGACGUGCCAAAUGUGCAAACAUUUCGCGACGUUCGAGAGUCGACGGUCGAUUAGGACCCGCGACUUGCCCCCGCUGCUGGCGAUCAACGCGGCGGUGCACAACGAGGAGACGCACAAGUUCUGGAGGGACCAGAGGAAGCAGACUUUCUUGAGGCCGCGAAUCGAGCUGAGGGGCCAAAUUGAGGGCAUGGACGAUCCAGAGACUGUUGUCUACGAGCUGAGAGCUAUGGUUGCUCAGGUCGUCGCGAAGGACGCCAACUCGCAUUUGGUCGCAAUCGUGAAAGUGCCCGAAGCUGAGGAGUCCGAUCCUGAACCAUGGUUCAUCUUUAACGACUUCAUGGUGCAAAAUAUCACCGAGGAAGAGGCGCUGAGCAUUCCGUCCAGUUGGAAGGUUCCUACCGUUCUAUACCUAGAGCGUGUUGAUGUACAUCAACGCCUCGAUUUCAGCGAACUCCCGGAUAAGAUGGACCCUUCAAUCUUAUGUCGGGACACUAACAUUGCAAUGAACCGCGACCCUCGCCUGAUAAGGCAUGAGCCUCUGCGAUUCGAGGAGCUCCCCACGCCCGGCACUCUCAUUGCUAUUGACGCGGAGUUCGUUUCCAUGCAGCAAGAAGAAACAGAGUAUCGCUCAGACGGCACCAAGAAGGUUAUCCGUCCCGCGAGGCUAUCCCUCGCGCGCGUGUCCGUAUUGCGGGGAGACGGGCCGAAAGAGGGCGUGCCCUUCAUUGACGAUCACAUUCAUACGAGCGAGAUCAUCGUGGACUAUCUAACAGAAUUCUCUGGGAUCAAGUUUGGUGAUCUGGACCCCAGCUUGACUGGGUAUACGCUGACGCCGCUCAAGGUGGUGUAUAAGAAACUCCGCUUGCUAGUCGACAGUGGAUGCAUUUUCAUUGGGCAUGGGCUGUCGAAAGAUUUCCGAAUUAUUAACAUUUUCGUGCCACCUGAUCAAGUCAUCGACACAGUCGACCUGUACUACUUGGAGCACCGCCAACGACGACUGUCGCUGCGCUUCCUCACCUGGUUUGUUCUAAAGGAAAAUAUCCAGACGGACACCCACGACUCGAUCGAGGAUGCACUCUCGGCACUCAAGCUUUACAAGGUUCACCUGCAGCUCGAGGCCGACGGCACAUUCGACAAGAAGCUCGAAGAGCUUUACCGUGAGGGCCGUCAAUACAACUUCAAGCCGCCCGUGCCCCCAGGAACCCAGCAGACGUCCUCGCCCGCGCCACCGUCUGGACCUGCUACACCUACCCCAAUGCCGCACAUGGGCAUGGGCCGUGGUGCGUUCCUACCUCAGCAACAGUUCGGUGGGUUAGGAGGUGGCCGUUACCCACUCAAUGCGGUAGCGACGCCGCCGUUCUUCCCAACCCCUGGGCACACUCGCAACUAUAACACAAAUCAGAACUGGCGUAACAGGUGAUUCCCAGUGGAAUGUACGACCCGAGCGAAGAGAAGAACUGUAGCAUUUGAUUUCUCAGCCUGUCUUGUAUCCUGUUUUUACCAGUUGUAUUCGUCGCUUUUGGCAAUGUUUUCGAGAUGCAAGCUCACGGAUCAGCACUUGUUGUUUCUCCUUGCGAUUGUUUCAAUCUUUCGAGGGGGAGGUUGGUGUGCAGGUGUGCAGCAGAGGAAGCAAGGUAUGUAUUAGUUUAUGACCUACGACUACUUUUUGACGACGCCCUCUUCUUCGCGGCCUUGACCUCCUUGUCGAACCGCGUGCGUUUCCUCUGCUUGGGCCCAUCAUCACCCAAGUCUUCGAAUGAGUCGUCACGCGACCUCGCUCUUGACCGCGCGAGCACGCCCUCCUUCUUACCGCGCUGCCGCAGUUCCUCGUAUCCAUCCCCAACUACGCCCUGCCUGCUCCUCCCGACCGACUUGAGAAUGUCCCCAAACUCGUCUUCCAGCCCGACACCCGGGACACGCCUCCGGUUUCCCGACGCCAUACCCGUCCCGCCCAACGCGAUAUCCGCCUCGUCCAAGUCCCUCCGCCUCGCGUCCUUCUUCUUCAUGACCAGGCGCGUGAAGUUCUCCUCCUCGAACUCGGUCAUGCGCUUCAGCUCGCGCGCGCGCGCAGAGCUCAGCACGGGCGUGGAGCCCAAGCCGGACGUCGACUCGACGUAUGGCUUCGACGGGUCGAGGUGCACGAGGUGCGCGAGGGCGGACGGGACGGGCGCGCGUCUGUCCUUGGCCUUGUCCUUAGACUUGCGUGGCUCGAUGUAGGGCAUGGGCGCAAGCUUGGGCGGGCGGUAAAUCCCAUCGCGCGAGGUUGCGGGAGCGCCCUCGUCCUCGUCGUCGGGCUCGGAGCCUGCCGCGUCCAUGAGGGCUUGGGGGUUCGGGCGAAAAGCGAGGGGGUCAUUGACGAUGUUCUUGUCUGCGGAAGCACCCUCCUCUGCAAUGCGGACGAGCUUGUCGAUCUGGUACUUCAUUCGACCCUCUAGCACCUUCACCUUCUCGAGCACCACGCGUGCCUCGAUAGCAGCGUCGACGCGGUCUCCAGCACCGUCGCCGCGGGCUGGACGGUCCUUCGCGCUGAAUGGGGCUUGUGGGGCAGAGCGUUCCGCGAGCGAAUGGCCGAUCGCACGGCGGGCGGUGAUGAGGCUGAGGGACUGGAGGUAGGAGAGCAUCAUGUGGUGCUUGAGCGAAAGCAGGGAGAUGCCUUCUCGGGUGUCGAGCUCGGACGUCGUGCCUUGCUUUUCUUUCAGAGACUUUACGAUGUCCCGGGCGGAGGACAUGCUGACCCUCAUCUGGUCGAGCAUGUCACAGAACGCCUGAACAUCGUCGUCGCUAGGCGGCGCUGUAGCGUCUUGUACUUCUGGAGUUGCCAUAGUGGUCGACGAGCG